AUGGGUUCCACCGGCGCCACCGCCGUCCUUCUGUCCUGCGUCGUGCAGUCCAUUGUCGCCGCCGGCUCCGCCGCGUCGGACAAACCGCUCAUCAUAUCAACCUCGCCCCCGGAGGCAUCGCCGUCGUCCGGCCGCAAACUGGGGGGCUCCAUGGAGGCAGGGCUGUGCCCGGUGCAGCUGGAGCACCUGAAGCUGAUGGGCAAGGUACAGGGCAGCUGCUUGGGACAGGCGAUCCCGCAGCGGCGAUGCUGCACGGCGUUCAAGGGCUUCGUGUGCCCCUACGGGGCCACGAUGAACGACCUCGACAACGGCUGCGCCCGGGAGAUGAUGGCGACGAUCCAGGAGCUCUGCAAGGUGCCCAAGGGCUACUUCGCCAUGUGCGGGGAUUCACCCGAGGGCAUCACGUGCUGA